UGGUCAGAGUCAUGCCGUCCCAGGCUCUGCUGCCCGUCCUGCUUCUGUGUGCGCUGCUGCUGCAGGCCCAGGCAGGCCACAGGAGCCACAGCCGGAAGAGGAUGCAGACUACAUCCAAAAUGGAGCUUUUCCCAGAAAUCAAAGUCUGUAAGAAACGUCCUGCAUUUUAUCUGUGCAAACACCUCUGUGAAUCUCACAGAGACUGUCAAGCAAAUAAUGUAUGCUGUUCAACCUUCUGCGGCAAUGUUUGCCUAAGCACCCUGUGA